AUGGAACCACCUGCAUCAAAAAGUCUUAUGGUGCACCCUUAUCAAUUCUUUGUGUAUAGUAAUAAUCAAUUACCCAAUAGUCUGGUAGAGAAACCACCGAUUGAUAGUAAUCCUGAAUUGAUUUUUGAUGGAGUUACUUGGAAACCAAGUAAGAAGGAUCUUUACCCAGACUUUGAAAGUAUGGAAAUAACUGUACUUCCUAGUGAAGAUUUUCAAAGUUACUUAGAAAGUAGAAAGGGUAAAAGAUUUUGCUGUAAUGAAGAAGAUGUACUAAAGGGUAUAUGCCCAAGAGAAAAUACCUUGUUACGUCCUAAUAUUGAAAAUUCAGAUUGGUUCACCCAACACAUGAGUAUCAAAGGACAAGAUAUAAACUCACAUAUUUUAACAAAGACUGGUGUGUAUGCAAUAAUUAUUUCAAACUGUGGUACUUCCAGAGAAGGAACUUUGGCUGGUUUUGUAAGUGUGAAAAAUGCAUAUGGGUAUUUACCAGCUACAGAAUAUUUAAAGUUAAGUUUAUAUUUUGUAUCUUGUAUAAUUUAUGCCUUAUUAGGAAUAUAUUGGAUUUAUAAAUGCCUUAGACAUCAUAAGCAGCUAGUAUCAAUGCAAUAUUUAACUGGUGUUGCAAUUAUGCUAGGAUUGUUCGAAACUAUUUGCUGGUUUCUUUAUUACAAAUCAUGGAAUUUACAAGGGGUACCUUCAGAAAUUAUGUAUAAUAUUUCGACAGUUUCGAGUAUAUUGAAAAUAACAAUAGUGAUUAUGCUAACUUUGAUGGCUUCUUUAGGAGUGGGUGUAACAAUAUCUACAAUACAAGAUAAGUAUAUGAUAAUUAGAUUGUAUAUUGUUAGCUUUCUAUAUAUAGCAUUUUCCUUAUUAAAGGAAUAUGUUGCUCAAGUACAAAUUUUCUCAAAUAGUUCUAUAUCAGCAACAACAACUUUGUUUUGUGUUGUACCAGUUGCAGGACUAAAUGGUAUAAUAUUUUUUUGGGUUUUUCACGAACUGUCAGGACUAAUAUCUAAGCUUAAGAGUCAACAGCAGACUGAAAAACUAUACAUUUAUAGAAAAUUCUUUUUUUUUUUGAGUGGAGCAGUUGUUAUGGCUAUAAAUGUGUUUGUGGUUGAAAUUUACAUUUUUUCCUUAAGUAUAACAAAACGUUGGAAAUAUCAGUGGAUACUUCAUGAUACUAUACCAUUGGCAUUUACAACUUUUUUGAUAGGAAUCUUAGUAUGGCUUUGGUUACCUAGUGAAAAUUUUAAGAAAUAUGCAGCUGUAACUGAGAUACCUAUUGGAGUUGCUGUUGAGUUGGAGUCCAGAAAUUCAGUACUUAACAAUAAAUUAGCCUGUGAUAGAGAAAGUGAAACUACAAAUAAAGACAAAAUUUGGGAUGGCCACAUAGAAAUCCCAGAUAUUAAUAGUGAUGAUGAAUUUUCUGGAGAAAGAGCUCCAAAAAAAGUUAUAAUUGAAACUUUAGAGGCCUGUAAAAUUGAUGAUCCAUAUGAAAUUGAAAUGUUAACAAAUAGAAGAAGCCUUGAAAGCCCUGAAAAAGACGUAUCUAAUUUUAAGUCAAAAAAUAAACAAGAAAUUCCUAGAAAAAAAGAGUUCCAAUCACCUACUUUAUUAGUUAGCAAGGUUAGUAAAAUGUACGACGAAGAAUCUCUUAAAAGUGAAAAUGAAGAUAGUACAAAUCAAGAACAUAUUAAUAGACCAUGUGAAGCAAAAAGUACAAAAUUUUAUGGAAGUAAAAAGAUUAGUUAG